AGCAGACCUCGCUCGGAAGACCAAAGCUGAGCAAUGGACACCAAAUCGCAUCUCUAUCCGCAAGCGCCGGACGCGCCGCCGCAAUAUGGCGACCUGGGCGGCCCGUCAAUGAUUCCGACGGAGAUGCCGCCGUCGGCGUUGCCUGCGUCCGUCAUCAACGUGCAACAGCCGCAGGUCUACAUGCAGGGUGUGGCACAAAAUCAUUUGGGCCGAGUGCCAACUGUGGCCACCUGCCCCUCGUGUCAGGCGCGUCUGCUGACCACGGUUAAGCACGAGCCCAGCACCAAGACCCAUCUCUUGGCGCUGCUGAUUUGCCUGGUGGGCGGCAUCUGUUGCUGCUGUGUGCCGUACUGUGUGGACUCCUGCCAGAGCGCCGUGCACACCUGCUCCAGCUGUGGCGCCUUCGUGGGCACCUAUCAGAACUGAAGCAGUUCGAGCUGGUUUGAAAUACAAACGAAAUCUUAAAAUACUUAACAUUACGGAGUUUGUAAUGUCUUCAAGAUAUUCCACACGAUUUUCGGUAUUAAUUAUCUAUUAGCUAUCUGAAACUUGAAUGUUUUUUAAUUUGAAAAAAUAUUAAAUUAAUUUAAAAUUAAAUAACAAACAGAAUUUGUAUAUGAUGCACACACAUUAUAUAUUUUCACUUAAU